CAAAUUGCUGCCAGCCAUCUCGACUCCCAUCCACCUUCGACCUCACCUCCCACCUCCCCAGCAUCCUCAUCGAAACUCUUCAGCGUGUUGUAAACGGGUGAUUUGAUAGCAAACCGGCAGCGAUGGCGCUGCUUCAGCACAAGUUCAUCGUGAACUACGAAGAGCAGCAAGCUGCUUUCGAGGACUUUUUGCGCAACUUCAAGUCGUCCUCGACCGAGACAGAAGACGCCCUCGAGAAUUUGCGCCUCGAUGCCGACGGGACGAGCGAUGAGUACGACUUCAUGGACGAUGUAGAUGACAAUGCGGAGGCUGCGCGCAGCCGGAGAAGAGCAAAGCCCAAGGCCAAAUACAUGGACAUGUUGCAAGGGGUCGCAGACCGGACAAAGUCUCAGAUUCUCAUCGAUCUCGAUGAUCUUCGCGACUACGAAGCCGGCCUGGAUCAGGACGGGACGUCUUUACACCUCGUGGACUCCAUCGAGAAGAAUGCCAGCCACUACAUUGAGAUUCUGUCCCGGGCAGCCGACAGUCUGAUGCCUGCGCCAACUACGCAGCUGAACUUCAAGGAUGAUGUGCUCGACAUCAUCAUGACCCAGCGAAUGCGGCGCAACCAGACUGUCCGGCAACAGAUGGAAGCGAACAUCGACGAUGGGGUUCCGGAAAGCUUCUUCCCCCCUGAGCUCACUCGUCGCUACACGCUGAACUUCAAACCAAUCACACCGUCCGGUUCCAGCAGCGACAAGAGCAGCAAAGCGAUGGCUGUCCGACACGUUCGAGGGGAGCAUCUCGGACAUCUCAUCACUAUUCGUGGGAUAUCCACGCGAGUGUCCGACGUCAAGCCGUCCGUGCAGGUGAACGCCUAUUCGUGUGACAGAUGCGGCCACGAAAUCUUCCAACCGAUCACUACAAAGCAAUUUACCCCCUUGGUGGAGUGCACUUCUGAGGAUUGCCAACAAAAUAACGUCAAGGGACAACUGUUCCUCUCCACACGAGCGUCAAAAUUCCUGCCGUUCCAAGAAGUGAAGAUCCAAGAGAUGGCGGAUCAAGUGCCCGUUGGCCACAUUCCACGGCAGCUGACCGUGCACUGCCACGGCGAGCUGGUCCGGCAAAUCAACCCCGGAGACGUGAUAGACAUUGCAGGGAUCUUCCUCCCAACUCCAUAUACCGGGUUUCAGGCGAUCAAAGCUGGACUUCUCACCGACACCUAUCUCGAAGCGCAAUACGUGCAUCAGCACAAGAAAGCAUACGACAACAUGGUCCUCGCCCCACUGACAAUCCGCCGAAUGACGGAUCUCGAGCAAUCCGGCCAACUCUACGAAUUCCUCAGCCGCUCGAUCGCGCCCGAGAUCUUUGGACAUGAAGACGUGAAGAAGGCACUUCUCCUCCAGCUGAUUGGAGGCGUGACCAAGGAGAUGGGUGAUGGAAUGCGCAUUCGCGGUGACAUCAACGUCUGCUUGAUGGGAGAUCCUGGUGUCGCCAAAUCGCAGCUUCUCAAGUACAUUACGAAAGUUGCGCCGCGGGGCGUGUACACCACCGGCAGAGGCAGCAGUGGAGUCGGUCUGACCGCGGCAGUGAUGCGAGAUCCCGUCACGGAUGAGAUGGUUCUCGAAGGAGGCGCCCUCGUUCUGGCUGAUAACGGAACGUGCUGCAUCGAUGAAUUUGACAAGAUGGACGACAGCGAUCGCACUGCCAUCCACGAAGUCAUGGAGCAGCAAACCAUCUCCAUCUCGAAAGCCGGUAUUACCACGACUCUUAACGCUCGAACGGCCAUCUUGGCCGCGGCCAAUCCUCUGUACGGACGCUACAACCCGCGCAUCUCACCGGUGGAGAACAUCAACCUUCCAGCAGCAUUGCUGAGCAGAUUCGAUGUGUUGUUCCUGAUCCUCGACACUCCCUCGCGAGACGCAGACGAGGAGCUGGCGCGCCACGUAACCUAUGUGCACAUGCACAAUGCACAUCCCGAGCCGCAAGGCAGUGGGCAAAUCUUCACCCCGAACGAAGUUCGACAAUGGGUGGCGCGCGCUCGCUCUUUCCGCCCCAUCGUCCCGAAGCAGGUAUCGGACUAUCUCGUGGGAGCGUACGUGCGACUGCGACAGCAGCAGAAGCGGGACGAAGCGGGGAAGAAGACAUUCACCUACACCUCGCCUCGCACACUUCUUGGUGUUCUGCGUCUGUCGCAGGCGCUAGCACGUCUGCGAUUUGCUGACGAAGUCAUCACGGACGAUGUGGACGAAGCGCUUCGACUGAUUGAAGUCAGCAAAGCAAGUCUGUACGACGACAGCCGGGAUCGACGAGGAGACCAAUCAGCGAGCACGAAGAUUUUCAACCUCAUUCGGGGCAUGCGGGAGAGUGGAGCGGCUGCGGCGGGCGAGGGCCGCGGUGAAUUGGACAUGAGGAGAUUGCGGGAGCGGGUUCUGGCCAAGGGGUUCACAGUGCAGCAACUCGAGGCAUGCUUGGAUGAGUAUGCCAGUCUGGAUAUCUGGCAAACGGCGGCGGAAGGCACGAGAUUGGUUUUCAUUGAAGCGGGCGAGGAUGAUUUCAUGGACGACGAAGACUUUUGAGAGGAAUCCGGUUUACCUGCUGCAUUUAGGCAUUGUUGAAGGCGUGGGGUAGAGCAGGUUUGAUCUGCAUAACGCAAUAAAGCGGGCAAUGGCCGCGACAAGUUGAAGAUCAUAGCCGCUUACAUCCCUAGCCUGGUUGCACGUGGAGGCGAAGCGCAAGGGAUCGGCGUAGUCAGCUUCGUUUCGACCUGCUUGCUUGCUUUCCCCAUCGCUCUCCCCGAGU